GAUCAAGAAGCUCGAUAGGCGGACUCCCAGGCGAUUUGGCAGGCUAUAGGCGAGCUGAGAGAGUUCAUGAAGCAGCGACAGGGACAACCACCAAGCCAGGCGGAGCCGCAAGGCGCCGGCAGAGCAACAGCGGACGACCAGGGCGCAGGGGCGGCGGUGGCCGUGGGAGUGGCGGUGGCCGCGGGAUCUUCUCUGGAAGGUGGCGGCGCCGCAGCGGCGGUUAAGGUGAUGCGACCAGGGUUUGGCCUGUCCGGACCCAACAUCGAAGCGGGCCUGCUACCCACCCCCACAGCCCAGGAACUGGCGGCCCGCAAGGGUAAGGGCAAGAUGCCUGGCUACGACACGGACGGGCCUCUGACGACUAAUGGGCCGGAAAUGGUUGGGAGAUUUGCGAGGGAUGACAAUGGGCUUGGAUGGCUUGGCCUAGAUGAUGAGGCCGAAGAUGACAGGCUCAACUUGGGGGACCGAUGGGCCGACCCAGUCAUGGACCAGAGGAGUUGCGGACCGAGCAGGGUGGCUGACCCAGUCGGACGGAUGGGAUCCGCUCCUAUCGGGCAGACAUGGACCGGGUGGACUGUGGCGGGUCGACCCAAAGGUGGGCGGACCGAGCCGGGUCGACCCGAAGGCAGGCGGACCAAACCGGUCAUGCCGGAGUGGGUCGAACCGAGCCUAGAUGGACCUAUUUGGGUCGGCCCAACGUGGGUCAAACUGGGCAUCGACCCAACCCAACUCACCAGCCACCGGGAAGAGCGGACAAAAAGGGGUCCUCGUGCUGGAAAGGGCCGCAUGGAGCUCCAGAAGUUCCUGGAGGGUACUCAGACCAACAGGGCGGCUAUCCGGGAUACUACGGACCUGGGGAACCCAAACCGAGGGCAGGGAUACUCGCACAGGCAGCCAUGGAGGACACCGGUUUAGGACAGGUAUGGUUCGUAUUACCAUACUUAUGAGGGAAAUGAUGGCAUAGUUUUCCGAGCUAAACCUCCUACCAUUGGAUUUCCAAAAUUCAAUGGGCAAGAGGACGCAGGUCUUUGGUUGUAUACAGCUGAGUGGUGGUUUAAAAACCACCUGAUCCCAGAGGAGUGGAAAGCUUAUCUGGCAUUCUUCUACUUGGAGUGUGACGCGCUUCAAUGGUGGGAGUGAAUGGAGAGAUCCUACGCGGCAGUUGAGACCUUGAUCACCUGGUCCAUGUUUCAUGAAGAGCUCUAAUACCAGUUCGGAAAAUCAGAAGGGUGGGCACCAGAGUAGCUCGCAAAGCUGAAACAGACCGUCACGGUGCCCGACUAUCGUGUUGAGUUCUUCAACCUGGGUAACCAGUGCAGGGGAGUGCCAGAGGACACCCUGGUUGAGUUGUGCAUGGCGGACCUCAAGCCCGAGAUAGAAGCGGCAGUCAGAGUAUUCGAGCCGGAUUCUCUGAAGGCUAUUUUUCGUCUUGCAGGUGACAACAAGGAAGAACUUGCUAGUUGGAGGAGCACCAUUGGCCGUUACCCGAGACCAAGUGGAGGGGGCAGCGAAAGCAGUGGAGCAUGCGACAGCAGUGGAGUUGGUGGCACCGGGGGAGGAUCUGCAGGCGGGAAAUGAUUCCGGAGCUAAUACCGACAAUGGGAAUGCGGCACCAGUGGCCAGAAUGGGGCCACGGGCCAUACCGAAAUGGUUCGUGCGACUCUCUCCGGCUGAGGUCAACCAAAAGAGGCGGGAAGGCAAGUGCUUCAACUUUGAUGGUCGGUUCACCAUUGGCAAUCAGUGCCCGAAGCCGGACUCGGUGAUGCUCGUCGGACGCUGGGAAGACGAAGCUGAGGACGUCAGGAAGCUGGAGGAACAACCUUGGGGACAAGGUUGUUUUUCGAAGAAAGCGGGGAUGAUGAGAACUUGCAUUUUAGUACUUAGAAUUAUUGUUGUUUUAUUAUUAUUCGGAUUAUUGGGACUAUUCGGGAAUUGGGGAAUAAUUGAUAGAUCGGGUAGUAGUAGGGAAUUAGCCAUUUUUAUAUAAACUACUUGUACGUGGGAUUAUGGGGUAAGCAAAGAUUAAACCUAAAUCCUAAUUUUCCCACUCUCUCUCUUCCUCUCUCCCAACUUCGGCCGACCCCUUACUCCCUCCCCUCUCUAUCAGCAGGUUGCCGCCCAACCCCUCUCUUCCUUCUUCCUCUCGACCAAACAAUUCCCUUCCCCUUCCUCCUUUCUGUGACACAAGAGAUCAAUCCCUAAUUGAUCCUUCCCAAUCCCAAUCCCUAGAUAGAACCCAUUUCCCCGGGCUCUAUCAGAUUGUUAAACAAGUUUUAUCUUAUGUCUGGACUUUGAUUUAAUCUAUACAAAAUUCAAAUUUUCUGUGUUGGUUUGAGUGAAGAAAAGCAUGCAGAAUUGUCUACUAAAACUGUGUUUCAAAGAGCUAUAUUGCAUGUGGCGUGCUAUCUAAGAGUACCAUUGAUAGCAGGAAAGAUAACCAAUGCAGAUUGCCAGGUCUUGAUAGAAUAUCAAAAGGAUGGAGAUCAUAUAUAUAUAUAUAUGUUGAGCUAUGCAGGUAAAACACAACUAAUAAACUCUAUAAUCACAA